AUGCGGUUGAACCUGAGGCAUUACUUGGCUCUGGAAAAGAGUGGGACACAGCACUCUGAGGUCCAGGACAAAGCUGUCAACCUGUGUAGUAAAUCUAGACUUCCACUUAAAGGACUGAGGCAAGGGAGGAGCCCGCCCCUGAGCGGAUAUGGUUUACCCUCUCUUCCUGUGAGUGGGGAGGAACUGGGUAUUAGUGCCCCUGGCACGGAAACCGCCUCUGCUGCUCAGGCCCUGCUGCUGGCGAGUUCUGAGAGAGGUCUGCAGUCAAGGUCUGGCAGAUAUAAAGAUUCUAAAAAGGAAUAUCAAAAAAUGGGCCAUAAUGCUAAUGGGGCUGCCCCAGAAAUUCCAUUCUGGGGGAAAGAAGAGAACCAGUCAGAGCCAAGCACUUCUGCUGCUGACUUCCCACAGCAGUCUGAAAGCUCAGCACCCAGCAGCACUGCCAGCCAAGAAGUGACCCACAGAAAGUCUGAUAAGGGUGACCAGGGCCAAGGGGAUAGAAAUGAGCGUUCCUCCGGGGCUCUACUCUCCACUAGAAGCUUGCAGAUGGAUCUUCUGACAAGGAAGACAGGAAUGCUGAUGGAGUACAUGCUCUGCAAAUACAAAGUACAGCAGCUCAUGAAGAGGAGAGAGAUGCUCAAAGUUAUCAACAAAAGGUUCAAGGAACACUUCCCUGAGAUCCUCAAGAAAGCCUCCUAUCGAUUGGAUGUGGUGUUUGGCCUUGAGCUGAAAGAAGUCCAGCCACAUGGUCAAGCAUAUGAGCUUGUGAGCAAGCUAGGUUUCGAGGAUGAUGGAGGUAGGAGCAAUGAGCUAGGUGUAGGUCCUACCAGGGGCAUUCUGAUCGCUCUCCUAAGUGUGAUCUACCUAAAUAACUACUGUGCUUCCGAGGAGGAUGUCUGGUAUUUCCUAAAUGCUUUAGGACUCUAUGAUGGGAUCAUGCACGUCAUCUUUGGGGAUAUCAGGAAGCUCAUCACUGAGGAUCUAGUGCGGGAAGAAUACAUAGAAUACCGUCAGGUUCCUAACAGUGAUCCUCCUUCCUAUGAGUUCCUGUGGGGCCCGAAAGCCUAUGCUGAAACAAGCCAGAUAAAGGUGAUGGACUUUUUAGCCAAGGUCAGUGAAGCCUUGCCUGGGGUUUGCUUAUCUCGUUAUGAGCAGACUUUGACUGAAGAGGAAGAGAAAGCCCAAGCUGCAGCUGCAGCCAAGUCUGGCACUAAAGGCAAGGCCAAGGGACGUACUAAGACCAAGUUAAGUCGUCCUACUCACAAGUGA